CUGUCAAACUAACUAACCCUCAAAAAUCAAUGCAAUUAAAGGCGGUUUGAUUCCGUCCCCUGUGCCACAUCUGUAUUUUGAUGGAAAUACUCGUGGAUUUGUUAUCAUUUUAAUAUUUUUAUUACCACUUUAGCUACGAAAAAUUACUGUUGGGGUCAGUUAUAGUUUUGACACAAAAAAUGUCUGAAGUGUAGUUAAAAUGACCAUGUUAAUGUACUGUAAAAUUGGGAGUGAAAACUGGCUUGUGAUAUUUGGUACCUUAGUGGCCCUUUUGGUGAGAUGUUGCACCAAUCUUCACCCUUAUUCCGGAGAAGGUACACCCCCAAUGUAUGGAGAUUAUGAGGCUCAAAGGCACUGGAUGGAGAUUACUUUCAAUCUGCCAAUUAAAGAUUGGUAUAGGAACACUACUGAUAACAAUCUUGAAUACUGGGGAUUAGACUACCCACCUUUAACAGCAUACCACAUGUAUUUGUGUGGUAUAGUUGCUCAUUUUAUAAAUGAGAAUUUUACCAAGCUACAUGAAUCACGAGGUUAUGAAAGCGAGGAGCAUAAGUUUUUUAUGAGGACCACUGUCAUUGUUGGAGAUGUAAUUGUGUAUUUUCCUGCAUUGAUAUUAUACUAUUAUACCUGUGUUAAAUUAGAACUGAAGAAUGAAGAUGAGAAGGUUAAGAAUGUUAAAAAAAAGGCAAAAAGUGUGUUAGGAUUGAAGAUUUUGGAUACCUCACUGUCAGUGAUUCUUGGUUUACUUUAUCCAGGAUUAAUAUUAAUAGAUCAUGGCCAUUUUCAGUAUAACACAAUAUCUUUAGGGUUUUUUAUAUUUGCUGUUAUUGGCAUAUUGCAUAAAAAACACAUUUUUGCAUCUAUACUUUUUUGUUUAGCCCUUAACUAUAAGCAGAUGGAGUUGUAUCACUCUUUACCAUUUUUCUUGUAUCUUUUAAGUACAUGUGUACCAAAACCUGGCCAAACGGCUAUUUCAGGCAUUAUCUCUCUAUUUAAAAUUUCUUUGACAGUUGUCUUAACAUUUAUGAUAAUAUGGAUCCCAUUUAUUUUUAAUUUUGAUGAUUUGCUUCAAGUUUUACAUAGACAAUUUCCUUUAGCUAGAGGGGUUUUUGAAGACAAAGUGUCAAAUAUAUGGUGCACUUUAAACAUAUUUUACAAAUUCAAAAAUCAAUUUGACAACUAUCAAAUGAUGAGGAUAUGCCUCUUUACAACAUUGUCAGCUAUACUUCCUUCUAGCGUAGAUCUGUUUUUAAGACCUAGUCGAAGAAAGUUUGUACUUGCACUAAUUAAUUCUUCUCUAGCAUUUUUCUUGUGCAGCUUUCAGGUUCAUGAGAAAAGCAUUUUGUUAGUGUCAGUUCCUGUUCUGUUAUACUUUCCAUAUGCUCCAUUUACUUGUUUUUGGUUUCUUUUUGUAUCUAUAUUCAGUAUGACACCAUUAUUGGUAAAAGAUAACUUAAUUGUGGCAACUAUAGCACUCACAUUGUUUUAUGUGACAUGCUUUAGAAUUUCUAUAGAGCAUGCUUUUAAGAGCAUGUUUAACACCAAUGAGGGUCUGGUAGAAUACUACAGAAGGCUAGCUACAGUCCUUUUUAAUGUUGAAGCUUCAAAACUUAUGAAAUUUAAUACCAUAUUUUUGCUUACAUACCAUAAAAUGGUUCAAAAUAAACAUGCUUGGUUUGCUUUAAUGCUACAUGUUACUAUAAUGUUUUCAAUGUUUGGUUGUAUCAUUUUAUUUUUUAUAAGUUUGUUAUGGGAACCACCUCAAAGAUAUCCUGACUUCUUUCCUCUUAUUAUUUCUGUUUAUUCUUGUGUUCAUUUUGUAGGAUUUUUUCUUUAUUUUAAUAUAAAACAAAUUUGCUUGCCCCAAGAGUUUGAGGAUAUUAAAAAUGUAACUGUAAACAAUUCAUGCCUAAGUCCACUUAUGGUCAAAGAGAGUAGGAAAGAGAAAUAAAAUUGUCCUAUUAGAUUUAUGUAGAGUGUGAAAAUCUUGGUUGUAUAGAUUUAUUUAAAUUUUGUACCUUAGUAAAUAAUACAAAUUAAAUUUGUUAAAAUUUAAAUAAAUAUGUGAUAUGUUUAAAAGAUACCUAUCUAAUACUUUAUUGUAGGUACAAUUUUACCAUAUGUAUCUUAAGGACUAUAUAAAACUGGUGUUGUGCCUUAAAUUUAAUAAUAUAGAAUGCUAAAAAAUUUGAAGAUUAGAAGUAGUAUUAAUGAACAUUUGUAUGUAUGUAAAUACUGUUAGUAAUGCAAUAAAUCUUUUGAUUGUUUUUGUCA